AUGGCACGAAACAACAAUGGUGAAUACUCGUAUCGCCAAGCGCAGCAUGAUGCCGCACCUCGUGGUCCUGCGAUUUUCGUCCCUGUUCCUCGCGCCAUGUUCUUUUCGGGAGUCAGAGGUUUCUCUCGUCCUCAAAAGGUCUACCACAAACCUGUCUACAGCCCAUCACCAUUCAAUACUCGACUCGACGCUUGCGCGAACAGCAAUUCUCUUGUCGGCUCUCACAAUUGUUCCCUACCGUUCGCAAAUCAUCCGCGAGGUUCAAAAGUCACAGCGUUUUGGGAGUCUCCUGGAGUCCUGCAAGAUUCAGCCUACAUCUUCCGGUCGCCCUCCGAGCUUGUCACACCCAUCCACGAAUCUCUUCCCAUCAUGGCUUUCUACGACGCUCGACUGAUUCCUGGUCGCGAAGAGGCCAUCUCCCAAGCUCUUACAUCCUUGUUGCGGAAUACCAAUAUAAAUAUGACCGAGUGCUACCGGUCUGCCGUUCGACAGUUCCUCCGUCGCUCUGCCGAGGACAACAUCCUCGGCCUUGUCAGGAGAAUCGACCUUGAGGUCGACUUCGCGCUCAAAAUCAUCUGGGCCACCAAACGGCCAGAACAGUACACACUCGAGCAACUGAAUAGGCUCCAGGCGCUCGGAAAAUCCUUCCUUGAACAGGCCACGACCUACCGCGAGGUCUGGCUUGAAGAGGUCACCAACCUCAACCUGUGGCCAGAUCCCCAGGCCAAUGUUGUAGACGCUGAUGAAUAUCAGCGCUACAUCGGUGGCAGAGACUGGGAUGCCGAGUGGGUGAGAGGCACCCGGGAAGAGGAAGGACCUGAGGUAGGCGCCCACAACAACCCACACCGUCGUGGCAACAUCGCUAAUGAACAUAACGCGCAGGUCGCAGGAAGUGGAGGAGAUGCCGACAUGAUGGACGUCGAUGACACAGCGCAGGCCGCUCCCGAGGCCAUCAUCAUAUCCGAUGACGACGACGAUGACUAUGACGAUGACAACAACAGCAGUGCCGCCGAUGAAGAUGAAACAACCAUCUUCGUUCGUCGGGGCGCUCAGGGCGUCACCACCUGGGCAACAACCGUCGAUGGCCAAAUGACACCCUUCGCUCGCUACGAGCACGGCGCCGGCCGGCGGCCCUGGCGGUGCCUCCUCUGCGACAGGUGCCACGUCGUUGAAAAGGGCACGCUCCAAGUCCAUCUCCGCACCAAGCACGGCCUGGCCGGCCUGCACGUCAUGAAGGUCGAGAACGAGAACUACUCCAACUUCCAGGGCCACGACGACCAGGACUGCUUCAUCUGGGGCGAGUACGUCCGCGGGGCCGAGCGGCCGUGGAAGUGUCUGCUGUGCCCGAACCACCCCGGGCUGAAGGCCGGCAAGAAGACAUUUGCCAGGCAUUUUCAGAAGACACACGGCAUCAGGGUCGUCCUGCCGCCUGUCGAGCCUAAGGAUGUCAGGCGCCAUAACCAGAAGAGGCAGCGGCAGGCCAGGUCAUGA